UGUCUGGAUUCCUGGUCUCGGCUAAAUAAAGAAAAUAUUCUUUCAUACGAGGACGUUGCGAACCAAGUAAUUUGGAACAAUAAACACAUUAUCAUCAAGAAGCAUUCGGUUUUUGAAAAGCAUCUCCUAGAAGAAAACAUCUUAACUGUAGCCGAUCUUUUCUUUAGAAGGGUUAACAGGGACCUCUCUCCGACUGACCGUUUUAAGUUAAUGGGUCUUAGGCCCGGUUCAGACGCCGAACUUUUCAUGAGCCAAACCUAAUACAUUGAAUUAAGUACAUAAAAAGUUCGGCGUCUGAAUCAAUUAGGAACGCCUGUUUCAAUUUGGAACGGCUCAGCCGUUCUUUUCGCCUGGCCCAGCCGGGAAUUUCGCCUUUGGAGCGACUUUGGAACGGCUUUGAUUCAGACGCGGAACUUUUCAUGUACCGAACCUAAUGCAUGAAUUAUUUUAACGUAUUUUGUAAGUAGUUUGACCGAAAUGAGCAUUUUUCUCCUUUUGAAUUUAGUUCGGCUGGAAUUAAGAUCGGCGUCUGAAUCAAUUCAGCCGGUCUAAAUAAUUUGGGUCGGCCUUAAUUCGAAUUAGGUUCGGCUCAUGAAAAGUUCGGCGUCUGAACCGGGCCUUACUGACGCGGUACCUGUUGAAUGGAGAAAACGUGUUAAACAAAGUGCUCAUUACACUCGUCCUGACUUGAGGAACAAGGUCCACCUCAAAAAUUGAUAACGCUGAUGUCGAUCUGUCUUCGGCCACGUCAAAAUCUCUUUGCAAUGCACUCAAAAUGGCGAAACAAACUCCUCCAUCUGCUCAAAAGAGGUUUCAGGAUCAAUCUCCUGAUGUUCAUAUUAUAUUAUUUCAUAAUAUAUUCUCUCUCAUUUAAAGUGCCGCUAGAAACAAAAAUUAGCGAAUUCCAAUAUAAGGUUUUGAACAACAUUGUUUUCACCAAUGAAAAGUUAUUUAAAAUUGAGAUGAUUGAUUCGCCACAAUGUACCUUUUGUAAAAACGAGAUU